CCCGGCGCCCCGCGGCCUCCGCCCCGUCCCCGCCACUUUAGCCCCGGAGUCGGCCGCACGCCCCAAGCCUGGAUGGUGUAGCGCUUCAGGGGAAGCAUUGUUGACAGUCGGGGUUGUUGGAGUGGUUGGAUUUUCCCUGGAAUUGAGUGAGAAAUUCAGAAGACUGAAGCCCAGGCUCACUGUCUACCUUUCACGGAGGCCUAGCCGUGAGAGGACAGAAGAAGGCACGUGGCGAAUCAUGACGGCCGACAAAGACAAAGACAAAGACAAAGAGAAGGACCGGGACCGGGACCGGGACCGAGAGAGGGAGAAGAGAGACAAGGCGAGGGAGAGCGAGAACUCGCGGCCGCGCAGGAGCUGCACCUUGGAAGGAGGAGCCAAGAACUACGCGGAGAGCGACCACAGCGAGGAUGAGGACAAUGACAACGGCGCAGCCGCGGAGGAGGCCACCAAGAAGAGCAAGAAGAAACCUCCGAAGAAGAAAUCCCGCUAUGAGAGGACGGACACUGGCGAGAUCACCUCCUACAUCACCGAGGACGACGUGGUCUACAGGCCCGGAGACUGUGUGUAUAUCGAGAGUCGGAGGCCAAACACACCGUAUUUCAUCUGUAGCAUCCAAGACUUCAAACUGGUCCACAACUCCCAGGCCUGUUGCAGAUCUCCAACUCCUGCUUUGUGUGAGCCCCCAGCAUGCUCUCUGCCGGUGGCGUCUCAGCCGCCACAACAUCUUUCUGACGCCGGGAGAGGGCCUGUAGGGAGUAAGAGGGACCAUCUACUCAUGAACGUCAAAUGGUACUACCGUCAGUCUGAAGUUCCAGAUUCAGUGUACCAGCAUUUGGUUCAGGAUCGACAUAAUGAAAACGACUCUGGAAGAGAACUUGUCAUUACAGACCCAGUAAUUAAGAACAGAGAGCUCUUCAUUUCCGACUAUGUUGAUACGUACCAUGCUGCUGCCCUGAGAGGGAAGUGUAACAUCUCCCAUUUUUCUGACAUAUUUGCUGCUAGAGAGUUUAAAGCUCGAGUGGAUUCAUUUUUCUACAUAUUAGGCUACAAUCCUGAGACAAGGAGGCUCAACAGCACUCAGGGGGAGAUUCGAGUUGGUCCGAGCCAUCAGGCCAAACUUCCCGAUCUGCAGCCAUUCCCCUCCCCGCAUGGUGACACCGUGACCCAGCAGGAGGAACUGGUGUGGAUGCCCGGCGUCAAUGACUGUGACCUCCUCAUGUACCUGCGGGCAGCAAGGAGCAUGGCGGCCUUUGCGGGGAUGUGUGACGGGGGCUCCACAGAGGAUGGCUGUGUGGCAGCGUCUCGCGAUGACACCACUCUCAAUGCAUUGAACACACUCCAUGAAAGCGGUUAUGAUGCUGGCAAAGCCCUGCAGCGCUUGGUCAAGAAGCCCGUGCCCAAGUUGAUCGAGAAGUGUUGGACCGAGGACGAAGUGGUGAGCAUGGGGACCGCAUUUGCUUUGUAUUGUGGGCCACUGGGGCUUUCCUUCCCCUUGGGGAGAAAGACCUCAUUCAGAUAG